CGGUCUGACUCUCGUCUGCUUUUCCGACCUCCCUCGAGCCCCCGCACCCUCGCACAAUUCCAUGUUCCACUUCAAGCGCGACGCCCCGUCCCAGUCUCGCCAGCCUGAAAAGCCUAGGUCUCGUCCCCGAUCGCUCUCUACGCGCUCUUCCUCCUCGUCCUCGCUCUCUGCCUCCGCCGCGGCAAACCUCCAUCUCCUCCCUCGCCGCGCUCCCCUCGCUCCUCUUGAUCCCCAGUCGACGAACGGCCCUCUUACCGCGUCUGACGAUCAGAUGUCCUCCGCCUCGUCGUCAUCUGCGUUCCUAGGUUACAAUCCUGCCGACGACUCUCGCGACCCCGACCGCGCUCGUUAUAACAUUGGCAAACCGAUCAUUCCUCGUGCUGGCAUUGAUGAGCUAGCCGGCAAUCUCCCAUCCUCAAGGCGUAGAUCCAUUCCCAACCAAGCGCAAAGUAGCACGACCGUGUCACGUCCUCCCCAGUUGCAACAACGUCCCCUCCCACGACGCGCAACACAUACGCCAUCGUCCUCGGUUUCAUCCUCUCGCAGAACAUCUCUUCCCACCAUCCUCCAUCAGCCGGCAAUUAAGACGGCACCGUCACCGCCAACCACCACCACCAUCAGCGACAAUGCGAACUUCCUAACCGCCACGGACGACAUCUAUUCCAACCUAUCAACCUUCACCUUCGGGGCCGCGCGACCCAACGCUCCUUCUCGUCGCACAGAGCAUAUCAGCCCGUUCACUGUCGCAAGUACCAGUGGGACGGAUCGCACCCCACGUCCGUCCGUCUCGGGGCUCAGUAACGGAUCGCGCACACCCAGGGUUCACCCAAGUGAAGGUCCUGAAGACGAAGACGAAGAAGAGGCCGCACGGCAGACGAGAGCGAAGAUGCGCGCCAUAGACGAUGGCACCCGUAGACCUUCUCUUCCCAUAAACGCGCAGUCAGGGCCGUCGAAUUCACCUUCGCCUCCACGUAUCGAAACCGAUUCGGAAGCAGAGCUCGACCCCGCCGACGAUGGAGAAGAGCUCGACACAGACGUCGAAUUCGACUAUCGCAAUUUCUCCCGAGAGGACAUCUCCGACGCAGCAUCGCAGCACACAUUCGGUGGCGGAAACGUCGGGCACUACCCCACCAGCCGAAUAGCGGGGAAAGGCGACGAUAGUCUGAGCAUAACGAUGAGCCUCAUCGAGCAGGACGACGAGGAUGAUCGCGGGGACCCGGGUACGUCUUCUCCUGUCACGUUCGCCCGAAUACGCGACAGCAGCGGCGAGUCGAGUUCGAGCCCUGUCUCCUCCCCCUCGCAGUCCCGGCGCGGAAGCGUGCCAUGGAACAUCCCCAACGCCAUGCCCUCGGCGCGCGAUCGCGAGGACAGCGAAGUGACGAUCCUCGCCAGCGGACGGCGCAUGAGCCGAAGCAUGGACGACGAGCUCGGGCUGGGCCCUACCGCCAGCACCUCUGUUCAGCCCACCAGCCAACCCACCACCCGCUCCGACUGGCAAAAUUUGGCAGCACAGGUGCACGUACAACCACCACCUGAGGAAGAGGAGAACGUGCCGGAAAUCAGUGCGAGCGACGCAUACGACGGUUUCAAUCUGCAGUACGUCCUUGGUGACCCGUCUCGACAAUCGUGGUCGUCCGGCGCGCCGUCCUACAUCGCCCCAGGCUCAGACUCGCGACGAGGGUCGAUCGCGCCGUGGGAAGUGCACUCCAUCUCUAGUGGGCGACGCUCGAGUACGACAACGAUGAGCGACGACGCGUUCACGUCGCAACUGCGGAAACUCGACAAGGGCUAUACUGUGCGCCGGGAUGAAUGGAGUUUCCGGAAAGAGAAUGCGGAUGGUGCAGCGCAACAAUUGGCCAUCACGACGCGGCCAGGUCGACCCGCCAUUCACGAGUUGUGGCGGCACGAGUAUGUGGGCAGGUUCAAGGUCGACAAGCAGUGGACAGAACAUCCGUCCAAGGCACCGACGCAGCGUAUAAACGUCCGUCACAUAGCCGAUCCUUUCUCGCGGGGAAACACGCGCGGCGGCCCGCACUCUAUCAUUCAUCGACAUUCGCGCGCGGUUGCAUUCAGCAUCUUCCGCAAAUACGACAUCUUCGGGCGCUCGGCGCAGAAGCAGGGCGGCACGUCGUUCCAUGUGCACACGAGCGGUACGAUCCUCCUGGCGCCCAUGGAGGUGCAGACGCAGUUCACGAGCACACGAACAACGAGCCAAUUGAACACGUACGGCCACCUGAACAGCGAGGCAACGUCUGCGAAGAUGGCCGAGCGCCUGGAGCGGGCGAAUCAGAAGGACCGAGACAAGACGAAGAGCAAGGACAAGGAGAAGCGCAAGUCGACCUCGACCCAGAAGCGCUUGCCAACGUCCAGCCAGACGUCGGACGCGAGCCAGACAGUUAGCAUGGGCAGCGUGGCCAGCUCCGCCGGACAGAAGAUGACCGACGACGACCGCUCGUCGAAACGCCAUAACUCAGAGCCGCCGUCCUCGCCCUCUGCACCUGUGUCUCCGUCACUUCCGAACACCUCUUUCACCGCGGUCGCGACCGCAAGCUAUGCUCCUUCCAUUACGACCGCUACUACGAUGUCCGUACGGGAGUCCUUGGAUACCCGCUCCCCGUCUUCUUCAUUCGACGUUACCAUGUCCCCCGCCGACCGCACCGCACCUUCGAUAGCCCGCAUGUCCAUGCACCAAGAUGAUAUGGAUCUGGACGAGGACGACGAGCAAUCGAAUGUACCACGCACAUCGCACGCCGAGGCGUUCGCUACCCUUGAUUCCGGACGCAUAGAGUACAUCCGCGGGCGCGCCGAGCAACACACGGACCACGACCACGCAGGUGGUGGCCUUAUCGACCGACUCGCGCGUCGCAUUCGCGGCCAGAACACGCGGGUGUCGUCUGGCAAGCCCGCGGGACCCUCGUCAGACAUGCCGUUCACGUCGACGGCGCCGCCAUGGGUCACGCUCGCGCCGCGGUCGAAGCAGGAGGAGCGCGAACGUGUGAUCCAGAACUUGAGCGAGUCGUUCAAGGACGUCGGGCUGCUGCCCACGUUCAAGACGACCCGCGGCGAGCGUAGCAAGGGCAAGCAGCCGAUGAAGAACAACGCAGGCGUGAACGUCUUCGAGGAAGUGCCCCCAGAGGCGCUGCACAUGCUUCUCCCGCUGUGGCCGUGCAAGACGGACGAUCUGUCAACGAUCCCCGGCGAAGACCAGUCCCAGUACAUCCUGCCAGCUGAGGAGCGUCAGUACCUGAUUGUCUACUAUGUGCCAUUCGACGAGCGGAAAAACAAGGACAAGAAGAAGGGCGACGCAAGCAAGAAGCGUGCCCGCGCCUCGUCUGUCUCCGCUGCGACCACAGCCGCUCCGCGUUCGAAGGGGAUCCCGAAGUCCGCGUUCCGCGUGUGUGCGCGGCUCGUCGGGUGCCACGACUUCCUCGGGACGGGCGUGCGCCUCCCGAGCGAGGGCCUGAGCAUCUCGGGCUCGAUGGCGGAGGCGAUGGCGCAGCUGCCGUCCCCGGGCAUCCGCGAGAAGCACCCGGGCGACGUCGUGAUCGGGAUGUGCUCCGGGCGCGACAAGGACGUGGAGUUCAUCCCGGAGGGGCUCGCGAGCGUCGGCCUGUGCCUCGCGCAGCAGAGCGAGCCGCCGCAGCCGCCGUCGCCCGUGCACGAGGAGGAGAUGAUGGACGCGUUCGACCCAGUGUACUCGCUCACACCCAUCGGCCGCGCGGCGGUCGAGAUGGCGUGGCUGGGCUGCCUCGCGAUCACGUUCUCGGACGUGGCCCCGCCGUCGACGAAGUAACUUUGAUGCUCUUCCUUCCAUUACAUGUCCUCGAACCCUGGUGUAUCAUACUGGUUCCUACCCCCAAGCCUGCCGUUGCUGCAGACCGCGCCGGCCGCUUUCAAGUUCGUUCAUACAGACUACCCGCCUCUCCUCUCAUGCACAUACGCCAUGCCCUGUAUAUCCUCUACUCUACGGCGUAUAGACCCGUAUGCCCAGCUACUGCUACUUCUACUGCUACCGCUACUGACCGUCCCCACUCUGCCCUGUCUGUCUGUCUGCCAUCUUUCCCCGCGCCCUAGGCUCUACUAGUAUAUUUCACCAGAUACCCUUCACCUGCCUGGCUGCACCCCCC